UCUUUUAGUUUUGUUGUUUUCCAUUCGCCUCUGGAAACAGGUGGCGCGUGCUACAUCAGACUUUUACCUUCGUCAGUCAUUUUAAAUUACUUUCGAAUUUUAACAAACGUAGGCAAGCACAGUUGAUCCAACUAUGGCCUAUAGAUGGCAUGCCAUAAUCAGUUGCAGAUACCCAAAUACUAAAAACCAUCACUCUGACCAAUCAGAGCCCUCCUCUGGGUGCACUGGGUUGUUUUUCUUAAUGUUUUUUUUCAAGACAAGCGAGUUGAAAUUGGCCUUUGCCGUAACUCCAUGAAUGAAUGUUUUUGUAGAUAAAGAUCUACAUUUUAAGUUUGAAAAGCUACACGAUUGGAAACUUCAUAGUGGAAGGAAUGUGACUGGUGUCUUGCAAAGAUAGAAAAUGUACCUGUGGCGCUUCUCCAUCGCCAUGAUUCUUGGGCUUGUUUGGUAUUUUUCGGACUGCGGACAGGUAGUGGCUGAAAUCGUUUUGUGUUUACUAUUUUGGCCAUCAACCCCUAAUUUCUUAAUAAAGACCGGACGGGAAAGCGCCACUCAAACAGACGAUGUGGCUGAAGACAACUCAUUUCAGCAAACACUAAAGGAUGAACAUUUAGGUUGUGAUGUGACUGAUACAACAAGCACUGAAGCUGAAACAUCACAGGAGACACAGUUUCCCAGUGUGAAGAGGUCUCUUCAGCAAGUGUUUGAGUGUGCCUACGCCCAGCUAGUCCUGCCCUGGUACUGCGUCCCUGAGCCCUGUGACAGUCAACUCCUGCACCAGGUGCUGUGGAGGGAGUUUGAUCAAGUCAUCAAUCAAGUCAUCAGCAGAGGCAAAGACUUUGAUGUCUGUGCAGCAAGUGUGGGCUGCAUUCGCAUCCUGACCCAGCACCUCCAUAAUGCCAAACAGUCUGAUAGAGAACCAUUGUUUAGCUCUAGAGGAGAGGAGGUUGAAGUUCUAAGAGUGUUCUCUCAAGCACUGGUGCGAAACUUUUUCCCUCAGUCGCUUUGGGGGCUGGCAGUCAGCCACUGUGCCUUAAAUGAGAUUGUUGCCUUAAAAGUGCUGGACCUGCUGGUGCGGUGGCUCUCAGACCCUGACAACCUCAACCAGCUGGUUGUGAGUCAGCUGGAUGGAGUGACCCCCAUGAGCUCUGUGGAGGAGCUGUGUGAUUCUGACUCUAUCAGGGCAUCUCCAGCCUCCCUGGAGAGCCAGGCCAGUGGAGCUGGCCAUUUUAGAACACCGGAAGAAACCGAGAAUGCUCAAACCGGUGACGGCAAGUCCAAAAAGAAAGCCAACAAAUUGAAGGAAGGCUGGUCUAAAUUCCUUGACAAGAUGAAAUCGAAGAAAGCUAAAAGGAAGACAAUGAAGAAAAAGGAGCAGGUGCUGGUGGUCAGAGCCAAGUCCAUCCAGGAUUGUCCGUCAAACGAAAUUGAAGGGAGUAGCCGGGAGGGCUCCAUCCAGAGCCAGCAGGACUCCGACAGCGUGGAUGGUGAUCUGGAGAGCUACUUGACCAGUGUUCAAGAAGACAUGAUGGAAUUCAAGCUGUCAUAUGAGAUGUGGCGGGUUGGCCAUUGGGCUGUCAGCGUCCCUUGUAUGGAGAGGGAAAAUGAGGAGAUGUGUUUCACAGUUCACCUGGAGGAGAGGGACAACCCUGAGAACCUUCACUGGGAUGUGAGGAAGACCCAGACAGACAUCAUCCAUUUCCGCAACCUAUGGCAGGACUCUGCUAAUUUACCCUCCCUAUCCGUGUUAGAAGCGAGCACUGAGAGUAACAGCGAGGAUUUUAGAGAAGAAGCCAGAACGUCCCUUAAGCUCUUCUUACAGGAGCUGGUGUCUGAUGCUCUGAUGGGCCACACUCAGCCAGUGUUUCAGUUCCUGUGUCCUCUGGACAAGCUGCUGAGUGAAGAGGAGCAUGUGGGGGGAGUGUGGGGCCUCCUCAGUGGUCUGGCCUACUUCCUGACUCCAGGCCGAGAGGAAGAUGAGGACACGCACAACACUCUUCAAAGAGGGACCAAACCAGAUGAUUCCAACACAACCGAGGCUGCAGACCCAACUGCAACUGAGAAGCUGGAUGAAAACAUUGGCGAUACAAGGGAUGGCCUGGCCCGAGUCCAUUCUAUCAUCAUCUUCCAAUGUGAUGAUUCUCCUUCAGAACCCAGUUCCAUUGAGUGCUGCAGAGGUAAAGCGAUGGUACCAGUAGAGAAAUCAGACUCUUUGGUUAAUGCAGACAAAACAGAGGACAAAAUAGAGGAAUCGGAGAACCCCGUAACUUCUCACCUAAAGAUGAUGAUCAAAGAGCUAUCCAGAUCAGAGGAGUGUCUGGCCCAAACGAAAUCAGACAACCCUGAAGACCAGAGCGACUCUGUAUGUAGGCCGCGACAUUCCAGUCAAAAUGGAGGCUCGCAAUGUUACCUCACUGACAGUCCGUCAUGGCGUCAUUUAGUUGGAAAGUCGGAUAAAAUGGAGAAACUCACUUUCAAAAUGUCAGGAGGGAUCCACAGGAGUAAAGGAAAGGACAUGGGGAGUCAGUCAAAAUUAGAAGACUCACAGUGUUUGAAAAAGGACCAAUCCAGCUGGGAGCAAAUGGAAGCAACCAAAGCCAUUUUUGAUUUGUUGAAAGCAAUAUCUGGUAAUUCCAUCCUCCUGAACAUAUUUGAUGCGAUUCUGAAACCCGUCAUGCCGAUAUUGAAAAAGAAAGUGAACAGCUUCUUGAAUAAGAUUAACCCAACGGAAGCCCAGAUGGCCUCCUAUAUCGACAACCUAUGUGAGAAACAGUGGCCUGAGGGCUCGCCAGAGGUGACCAAACCCAAACCCAAUCGCAGCAGUGAGGAGAAGAAUGAGACCAAAGACCGAGCUCACCACCUCAUCAAUGCCAGAUAUUCAAACUAUUUAAUCUUGAAGAAGACCGAUAUGGAGACCGUGUUUAAGCUCUUCCAGGACUGUGAAGAAAACAAGAAGCUGGUCUAUAUGCUGCUUUCAUUCCUAUUGAGAGAGCUUCUGCCGGGGGAGGAGGCUCUUAACGUGAGUGCCGUAACCCUGCAGAAAGUCAACGGCAACUAACUCAUUUUAAGAUGUUCUCAGGUGAAUCAUGCUUUUAAAUGAACUUUAGUUCAGUGAACUGUAGUUCUGAUGUUUUAGAAAAUUAAACUAUUUAUUUGAUUGGUUGUCAUGCCUUACAACAGUCCCAUUUAAGUAUUUAAGUCUACACUUGGUUGGAGUAUUAUAAUAAAGAACGCUAAUGAUACAUUUCCAGGAAAGUAUAUUUUACCUCAUGCAUUAAACAUGCUGUGAAUCAUGCCUAUUAUUUCAAAUGUAUCAUAUGUUGACUAUUAAAUAAGUUGAUAAUGUGUUAUGUAUUUGGCAACAUCAGCACACUAACGUGAAGUUAUUUAAGUUAAAAUAUCCUCUACCAGUGUAGAAAAUAGAAGCAUUUGCUAUCGAGAUGGUAACGAUGUACUCCAUUGUCAAACUCAGAGGGGGCAUAAAUGUACUUUUAUUUCGAUGGUUUGAGUUGAUUUCACUGGUAGGGACACACAGAGCACUUUGAAUAAAAUGUUUUGUCCUAAAGGUUUUUGAGCACUUUGAGCACUUUCAUAGUUGAAAGAUGUGUGGGGAGAUGUGUUUAAACAAGAAGCAUUUGAUGAAAGCUGUUCAUAUUUUAUGGCAUUGGGUUCUGGGAAUUUCUAGUAAUUACACACACAUGCCUUUUUUUCUAAAAGAAAGCUUGCAAAGACACAAUGUGACAAUUGGGUGUUGAUGUUCAAAAAUUAAGUGCCUUAUUAAUAAAGCAAUUUUAUA